AUGGAUGGUGUAUCCUCGGCGGCGAGCUUGAUUGCGAUCAUUGAACUGACAGGAAGUCUCCUGAAGAUUUGCGGGAGCUACAUUCGAGAGGUGAAUGAUGCACGGGAUGAAAUCCUCAUCUUGCAGCAGACGAUUGCAGGUCUUCAAGGAACACUUCAAGACAUGCAUGAACUUCUUCAAAGUACCAAUGGAAAGUCCCUACCGACCUCCUCCCGACUGGUCAGCACUAUUACCGACUGCCUCACCGAUCUUCAUGCGUUGCAAAAAGGACUUGAUCCAGGCACAGGGAAGAAAAUGAUGAGAAAGAUGGGAUUACGAGCCUUAAAGUGGCCCCUAAAACACGCAGAGAUGGAAAGCGUUAUUCAGAAGGUCAAGAGGCAUAGAUUAUCAUUUUUAUUAUCAUUGCAGGUGGACCAGACUUCUCUGAUUGUCAACGUAGCCGAGAACACCAAUCGCAUUCACCAUGAUAUGGAUCUUGAAAAGUUGAAAGGCGCGAUGGAGGCAGGUUUUGAGUCAUUCUCCGAUCGAAACGAGGACCAAUGUCUCCAAGGCACCAGAACCGAACUUCUUCGACAGAUUAUGGAAUGGGCUUUAUCGCCUUCUUCAGAAACCAUUUUCUGGCUGAAAGGAAUGGCCGGGACGGGAAAAUCCACAAUAUCUCGGACUGUGUCAAGGUCGUUAAAGGAUACCAACCAUCUCGGUGCCAGCUUCUUCUUCAAGCGAGGUGAAGGGGACCGCGGCAACGCUAAGAAGUUUUUUCCUACAUUAACAAGGCAACUGAUACUUGGAAUCUCCGAGUUGAGGCCUGGUGUGUAUAAAGCACUCCGCGAUGACCCUGACAUUGCAUCAAAGUCGCUGACGGAGCAGUUUGAUAAACUACUUCUUCAACCACUGCUCGAUCUCGAUCUCGAUCAAUCUAGCCAACAAUCUCAAGCUACUGUGGUGGUGAUUGAUGCUUUGGACGAAUGCGAGAAUGACCAGGAUAUCCGAAACAUCAUUCGUUUACUGCCUCUUCUCCAGAAAGCAAAAGCGGUUCGCCUUCGAAUCUUCUUGACCAGUAGGCCUGAACUUCCAAUCAGUCUCGGCUUUGCGGACAUCAAAAAUCGUGAUUAUCAGGACGUUGCUCUUCAUGAGAUGCCCGAAGAAGUGAUAGAAAGCGACAUAAGUUUAUUCAUACGGGACCGAUUCGCACAAAUAAAACACAGCAGAAAUAUCUACGAAGACUGGCCAGACCACGAUGUUAUCCAACAAUUGGUCACGAUGUCCGUUCCAUUAUUCAUCUCAGCAGCCACCGUGUGUCGAUACAUCGAGAAUUCGAAAUGGGAACCCAAAUUACGCCUCGCAGAGCUUCUUACUGACCAGACCAAAUAUGUGUCGAGAAUGGAUAAGACAUACAUGCCAAUCCUAACACGACUACUGGACGACCAAGAUAGUGACGAGUCGGAGCAGCAGCAGCUCUUGCUGGAGUUUCACAAAAUUGUUGGUGCCAUCAUCCUUCUUGCUUCUCCGCUUUCUAUCAACGCGCUGUCGCUUUUUCUUGACAUGGGGGCAGACCAGAUCAGCAAUCGGCUACAUACAUUCCAAUCGGUUUUGAAUAUUCCGAGUGAUCGGGAUGAGCCAGUCAGAAUCUUACACCUAUCGUUCCGGGAUUUCUUGGUCCAGUCUAGAACCAAGUUCUUUGUGGAAGAACAGCUUGGACACAAAAAUGUUGCUGUAUAUUGUCUUAGAAUCAUGUCGAGUCGUCUGCAGAAGGAUAUAUGUCACCUCACGAGUCCUGGAGCGCAUCGGGCGGAUAUUGACCCUCAACAUAUCCAACAUUGUAUACCACCGGUGUUACAAUAUUCUUGUCGCUUCUGGGUAUACCAUCUCGAACAAAGUCAAAGUUUGCAUUCCGACAUGGAAAACGUGCUUGCUUUCCUCCAGGUGCACCUCUUACACUGGAUGGAAGCGAUGAGCUUGAUCGGUCUGAUUUCGGAGGUGGUGGCUACGCUUGAUCGCCUUCAAGAAUUAAUAUCUGUAAGCAAUAGAGAAAGUUGA